AAGCCUCAGAAAAACUCAGGCUGGCUCUUCAUUCAGGUUGUGACCAUAAAGACGAAGUUAAAAUAAAUAAAUGAAACGAAUAGGAUUAAUUUAGAUUUAUUAUCUAAGCUUAGUUUAGUCUAACCAUCUGGAAGAUGAAGCCUUCAGUCAUCUCUCAUCUUCUGGUUGUGGGACUUCUGGCUCUGUUUGGUCCAAGUCCGGGUCUCUGCUCCUCUGAUGAGACGAAACUGGUGAAAGAUCUAUUUAAAGGCUAUAACAAGGUGGUUCGACCUGUGAGCCAUUUCAACGAGGCUGUGGUAGUGACUGUAGGACUGCAGCUUAUUCAGCUCAUCAGUGUGGAUGAAGUUAAUCAGAUUGUAACCAGCAACGUGCGCCUUAAACAGGAGUGGAAGGAUGUGAAUCUGCAGUGGAACCCAGACGACUAUGGGGGGAUCAGAAAGGUCCGGAUCCCUUCCACUGACAUUUGGAAACCAGAUUUAGUGCUUUAUAACAAUGCUGAUGGGGACUUUGCCAUUGUGCACGAGACUAAGGUUUUGCUGGAACAUACUGGGAAGAUCACAUGGAAUCCUCCAGCCAUCUUUAAAAGCUACUGCGAGAUCGUGGUGCUUCAUUUCCCGUUCGACCUGCAGAACUGCAGCAUGAAGCUCGGCACAUGGACCUAUGAUGGAAAGCUGGUCGUCAUUAACCCGGACAGUGAUCGUCCAGACCUCAGUAACUUCAUGGAGAGUGGUGAGUGGGUGAUGAAGGACUACAGGAGCUGGAAGCACUGGGUGUAUUACGCCUGCUGCCCCGACACGCCCUACCUGGACAUCACUUACCACUUCCUCAUGCUGAGACUGCCUCUCUACUUUAUCGUCAACGUCAUCAUCCCCUGCAUGCUCUUCUCUUUCCUUACCGGCCUCGUCUUCUACCUGCCCACUGACUCCGGUGAGAAGAUGACCCUCAGUAUCUCUGUCCUGCUGUCUCUGACUGUGUUCCUGCUGGUCAUUGUUGAGCUGAUCCCCUCCACCUCAAGUGCUGUUCCUCUCAUUGGAAAAUACAUGCUUUUUACCAUGAUUCUUGUCAUCGCCUCCAUCAUCAUCACUGUCAUCGUCAUCAACACACACCACCGCUCCCCCAGCACGCACACCAUGCCUUCCUGGGUCCGCAAGGUCUUUAUCGACACCAUCCCAAACCUCAUGUUUUUCUCCACCAUGAAGCGUCCGUCGCAAGAGCGAAAGGGGAACCGCUCCUACCCCCCAAAUAUUGAUAUUUCGGACAUCUCAGGCAAACCCACGCCCACUUCUGUCACCUACCAGACACCUAUCGUCAAAAACCCGGACGUGCGGAGUGCCAUUGAGGGCAUUAAAUACAUUGCUGAAACCAUGAGGGAUGAUGAAGAGUCAAACAAUGCUGCCGAGGAGUGGAAGUUCGUGGCCAUGGUGCUGGAUCACAUUCUGCUGUGUGUGUUCAUGGCUGUGUGCAUCAUAGGCACUGUGGGGGUGUUCGCCGGCCGUCUAAUCGAGCUCAACAUGCUCUGAGCAGUGGAGGCCCAAGUGAAGCCUGGGGCUGGAGUCUGACACUUAGCCCCAUCACACUGCUCCCUGCUGGGCUGCGGCGGACGAGCGGGAAGUCUCGGAUGCUCAAGGGCCAGUGGAACUUAUUCGAUGGCUGACCAAAUCACAAGCAGACGCACCAAAGACAUAUGAAUGACAUAGUUUUCUUUCACUAACACAAUGACACCUUACACCACCUUUUCAUAUAGAGCUCAAAAGCAGACAUAAAACCAUUUUUCAUUAACAGAAUACACCCUGUAAUUAUAGAACUACAAAGUGUUCCGUAUGAGCAGUGGAGCUAAAAAUGGAUAAUAGGUGUAGAAACAAAGAGGUGGUCAUAAUGUUAUGCUGGAUUGAAGAAUAUUGUGAAACGUCAAACCAAAUACAGUGCAGCCCAAGUAUUUAUACAGACUUAGUAUGCUAGUUCAUAUUUAUCUGCAGCAUAUUUAUUUGCAGCUCUUGCGGUUGGUGUGUGUAAUCACAGCAUGUCGUUCACUGGCCAUUUCUCUGUGAGCAGAGACAUAAAAGGCACGUGUGGUUGGCUCAGGCACAUAAAUAUGUGCUUCAGAGUGUGUUUGUACUGUGUGUGUCAGAGUGCUUUUAGAUUUUAGGUUAGGUGUUAGUAGAUAGCCUAUUACUUUUCAAAAUAAGAGUGCUUAAAAAUGUUUCUUGUGAUAGAAGUGGUUUCUCUAGUCUAAGGCAUUGCACAAAGAACCAGUAGAAGGACCUUUAUUUUGAAGAAUGUAUUUGACAAGUUUGUUUGUACAGUUUAGUUAGGAUAUGCUAUGUGUUUGUAAAAAUGGCUACAGAUACAGUAGGAAUGUCACAAUAAUGAAAUCUUUGAGUUGAAUAAACUUUUUAGUCUAUUCUAAUUGUAAUUCCAAAAUUUCUUAAUAAUCAAACGUUCAUCGCCAUAAAAAGGGUAUAAUUUAAUUAAUAAUCAUAUUAUAUCAGUGACAAUAUGGUCUUAUAAAUAACAAGAAUAUUGUUUAUCACAAUAAUUUGUGGGACACUUUAUCAUCUAAACAAAAGUAGUUAUCAUGACAGACCUAAUUACACAGCUCACCUUUUAUUCUUUACACAGUCACUGCUACUUAAGGUCCUGAUUAGUUUUUUAUGCAUCUUGAAUGACCCAUUUUAAGAACAUGGCCUUUAAAGGCAACACAAUGUAUCAUAUGUUAAUCAUUAUCUUGAUACUGGCCCUCACAAUAUAUCAUCACUGCUGUGAAAAUGCCUUGAAUUUGUAUUUGUAUUUAUUUAUUUAUUUAGAAGGGGACAGUGCAUUUUCAUAAAACACAUGAUUAUACAUAGUUAAAAAAAGCCAGAAUUAGCCAGAAGGCUAGUUUUCAUCUGUAGUAAACAAUUUUUACAUUGUUCUUUCUUAAAGUUUUAAAUAUCAUAAUUAGAAUGUGAUUUGUGUUCAAGUUGCCAUUGAUGCAGCAAAAAUAGUGGCAGUACUUUAAAUUGUGUCCAAUUUCACCAAUUAAAAUGGACCAAUAGAAAUGCUCCAGAAUGACUUGGAAUAAAGUUGUUUUACAUUGACUUCCACCUGUUUUCCAAACAGGGUGUUUUUUGACAGUAAUGAAACAUUGGUAUCUGUAUUUUAUGUGUUGAUGAUGAAUACUUUAAAUAAAACGAGUUUACAGCAAAAAAAAUGACACUGACAUCUCUAACUCCAGGGGCUUGUCUCACUAAAAAAUAGUAAACACGACAGAACGGCAUCACUCAUAGCUACGAUAUUUCCAACACAACCUGAAGGCAGCAUUAGUGAUUAGUUAGCAGCAUGCCCAUGCUGGUGGAUGACAUUGAUCAUGCUAGUCAUGCGGGUGGGCUGAUCUGUUUCAGUUCACAGUUGAUCAUGCUGGUAGAUAAUCUAAAUCAUCACACUCAACAAAAGCACACCCUGUGCAGGCCAGGAACUAAGCUGGUUAACCAUCUUAACCAGUUUUACCAGCUUGAGCUUUUUUUCUCAGCAGGAUUGUUAGUCUUUGUGCACAGCGGUUUUUAACACAACUGUUAUUUUGUAAUUAAUCAGUGUGUAGCUGUCAUGAUGGUGUAAAUAUCAGUCCUCUACGGUAGUUUAUUGUUUUUUGCGUGUAUUUUUAUAUGAACUAAUCUCUGUUUUGAUCAGUGAGAGCACUCCGGUCCAGUUGAACAGGGCAGUGGAGAGAUUUCAGACAUGUUUGUGAGUCUGCACACUCAUGACAGCCUGGAAUUUUCCACUUUCUUAAGCUCUUACUGUUCGUACAAACAUUGUUUAACCCUUUUUAAAGCCAUCAAUAAAAAUGUUAAUGAUG